AUGGCUGAAGAUGAUGUCGAGCGCCAGGCCGAGAAGCCGCGCCCGGUUGAGCGAUCGGUGCAUGCUAUAUUCUACAUCGCGAGUUGGAUCUUCUUUUCCAACUUGACUAUUCUCUUCAACAAAUGGAUGAUUGAUGGCCGGGGUUUCAGAUACCCUGUGAUUCUCACAUGUUGGCACCUCGUCUUCGCGACCAUCGCGACCCAGGUUCUGGCGCGGACCACGAACCUGCUCGACGGACGCAAGAACGUGAAGAUGACGGGGCGCACCUACAUGCGCGCCAUCGUGCCCAUCGGUCUGCUCUACAGCGCCAGUCUGGUCUGCAGCAACAUGGUCUACCUAUACCUGAGCGUUGCCUUCAUCCAGAUGCUCAAGGCCGCCGCGCCCGUGGCGGUCCUUCUGACGAGCUGGGCGUGGGGUGUCGAGGACCCCUCGCUCAAGCGCUUCCUCAACGUCCUGCUCAUCGUGGCCGGCGUGGCCCUCGCCAGCCUCGGCGAGAUCGACUUUAGCCUGGCCGGUUUCAUGUUCCAGGUCGGCGGCAUCGUGUUCGAGGCCAUGCGCCUCGUCAUGAUCCAGGUGCUGCUCUCGGGCGACACCCAGAAGAUGGACCCGCUCGUCAGCCUGUAUUACUACGCGCCCGUCUGCGCCGUCAUGAACUUCGUCAUCGCCAUCGUCUACGAGGCCAACGCCUUCAACUACGCCGACCUCGCCCAGGCGGGUUUCGGCCUACUCCUGCUCAACGCCAUGGUCGCCUUCAUGCUCAACGUUUCCAGCGUCUUCCUGAUCGGCAAGACCUCCGGCCUGGUCAUGACCCUCACCGGCAUCCUCAAGAACAUCCUCCUCGUCAUCAUCUCCGUCCUGAUCUGGGGCACCAACAUCGCCCCGCUGCAGGUCCUCGGCUACGCCAUCGCCCUCGCGGGGCUGCUCUACUACUCGCUCGGCUGGGACCAGCUGGUCCUCCUCUCCCAGGCCGCAUGGGCCUUUGCGUCGGGCGACGAUCAGCACCACCAGCAGCACGGCCUGCCGUCGGCGGUGCGCAGGACGCUCGUCAUGGCGGUUGCUGCCGUGACGUUGCUGUUUUUGGUGGGCGCCUUCUUUUAUAGUGGGGCGCCGGCCGAGGAGCUGGCUGCCGCGGGGACGGCGUAG